CAUAUUGAAGCUAUAAUAUAUAGGAUGUUGCAAGACCAAAACAAAAGAUUUCGGUGCUUUCAAAUUUGCAGAGCAGUCAAUGUUGCUGUGUUAGUUCUCGUCUUUGCUGUGUGUGGAUUCGUGAAUUAUGGCUCUGAGUCCUACUUUGAUGUUUUUAUGUAUCAUCUUAUGUUUGCUGCUCCCAGCAUUUUAUUUAACAUUGUUUCCUACUUCAGAAUAAACUAUAUCUUUGUGAGUCUGGCGUCUAUGUUCUAUCUGAUAGUAGUGUUCUGGACUAUGGCCACCUAUAUUGAUAUGUCUGCCACACAAGACAAAUCCAGAAAGACAAAGCAAUCACUAUUCUUGUUUGACUACUUGCUCCCUGGAUUUAUCAUAGCCAUUUCAUUCCUGGCUGUCGCCUCCUUCUACAUCAACACUGAAAAGCCAACUUCCAACCAACCAUCAAUCCCAAACGACCUAUCCCCCACAAUCCACCCAUCCCUGAUCCCCAGAUCAGCUAUUAGAAGGCGUCAGAAUUCUGAAUUCUAACAUUCUCCACCCCAUCUUAAUUCAAC